AUGUCGAAUCGUGAAUCUAUGCUCGUUCCAGAGGCCACUGAAUGUGACUACCUUCCCGACGUCUUGACCAUCUUUGUGGUUGGAGCAUCAGGUGAUUUGGCCAAGAAAAAGACAUAUCCGUCACUGUUUGAUUUGCAUCGUCAUGGAUUCUUAAUUUCCGACAAGACCAUCAUCUGCGGUUACGCUCGGUCUCCUAAAUCAGAUGAAGAUUUCAGGGACCAGCUAAUGCCUUACCUUAAAGAUGGGACGGAGGAAGAAAAGAAAGAAUUUUUGGAUCUCUGCAUUUACCGCAAGGGUGCCUACGAUUCCACCGACGAUGUGGCAUCUGUAUUUGAAGAGUUAAAAGAGAAGGAGGCCGAGCUGGGAGAAGGCGGCAAGGUCAACCGUCUCUUUUACUUUGCGAUUCCACCGACUGUCUUUGUUCCCAUCGGAAAGAGUAUCAAAGAGGCUGUGAUUGACCGAGCUGGAGAGUCGGUUGGAUGGUCCCGUCUGAUUGUGGAAAAACCAUUUGGCAAGGAUUCUGAAUCCUUUCAAGAGCUUUCGAGCGACAUGAAAGCCUUGUAUUCGGAAGAUUACAUUUAUCGCAUUGACCACUAUUUGGGCAAGGAAAUGGUCCAGAACUUGCUCAUUCUGCGAUUCUCAAACGCCAUUUUUGAACCGCUUUGGAAUCGCAAUCAUGUCAAGAGCGUGACAAUUACAUUCAAGGAGAACUUUGGGACCAAGGGACGAGGUGGAUACUUUGAUUCAUAUGGUAUCAUUCGCGAUGUCAUUCAGAAUCACUUGCUCCAAGUUAUGAGUCUAGUCGCUAUGGAACCUCCCGUGAAAGUGACCGGCGAAGGUUCUGCAAAUUACAUUCGUGACGAAAAGGUAAAGGUUCUAAAUUGUAUCGAUCCCGUCAAAUUGGAAGACUGUGUGUUGGGACAGUACCUUGCCGCUCCCGAUGGAUCCGAAGUCGCCUACACUGAAGAUGACACGGUUCCUGACGACAGUGUGACGCCAACCUUUGCCACCAUUGUCUUGUGGAUCAAGAAUCCUAGAUGGGACGGAGUUCCAUUUAUCAUCAAAGCAGGAAAGGCCUUGAAUGAACGAAAGGCUGAUAUCCGCGUCCAAUUCAAGAAUGCCCCUGGUUCCGGAAAUUUAUUUGAUGGGCAAACUAUCACUGAAAACGAAUUGGUGAUGCGACUUCAACCCGAUGAGGCUGUGUAUAUCAAGACCAAUGUCAAGAAGCCUGGUCUAGCCACCAAGCCCAUCAUGUCCGAAUUGGAUCUGAGCUACAAGGAGCGAUAUGAUGUGGAACUUUUUGACGCCUACACUCGUCUCAUACUGGAAGUCAUUCGUGGACGCCAAGCUACCUUUGUGAGAGACGACGAACUAAAGGCAUCUUGGGACAUUUUCACACCCCUGUUGCACCAAAUCGAUGACGGCAAAGUCAAUCCAAUCCUUUACGAGUAUGGCAGCCGCGGGCCUCCCGAAUCCGAUCAGUUGACAGAAAGAGUUGGGUACCAUUAUCAUGGUGGAAACUACACAUGGGAGAAGAACGAAACAAUUGGAGAGCAAGAAAUCUAA